UGUUCUAUCUAUGGAUAUUAAAAUACACCAUCCAUCAUUCAAUGCGUUUUUUCUAUAUUGUGAUCGGAAUUUGAUUCAUAAUUCUUGAUCAACAACUGAAAAGCACGUACAAAACUUUGUCAAUACGUACAAUAAUUUAAACUUAGUGAACGCAAUUUAUAAAACUUCUUUUCGAGAUGUCUUCAGGAAGGCCUAUCAAAUGUGUGGUUGUUGGUGAUGGGACUGUUGGAAAAACUUGUAUGUUAAUUUCAUAUACAACGGACAGUUUUCCGGGCGAAUAUGUGCCUACAGUGUUCGAUAACUAUUCAGCCCCUAUGGUUGUGGAUGGUGUUGCUGUAUCAUUAGGCCUUUGGGAUACAGCAGGACAAGAGGACUACGAUAGACUGAGGCCAUUGAGCUACCCACAAACUGAUGUCUUCCUCAUAUGUUUUAGUGUAACAAGUCCUUCAUCAUAUGAAAAUGUAACAUCUAAGUGGUAUCCUGAAAUCAAACAUCACUGUCCUGACGCACCAAUUAUUUUGGUUGGAACAAAAAUUGAUUUAAGAGAUGACAGAGAAACAUUGAGUUUGCUCUCGGAACAGGGAAUGUCUCCAUUAAAGCGGGAACAAGGUCAGAAGUUGGCCAAUAAAAUUAGAGCUGUUAAAUAUAUGGAAUGCUCAGCAUUAACACAACGCGGAUUAAAGCAGGUAUUUGAUGAAGCAGUACGUGCAGUUUUAAGACCGGAACCACAGAAGAGACAUCAGCGGAAGUGUCUAAUCAUGUAAAUAUUGUAACAGCGACCAAAAUAUUCAAUGACAUGCGCUCGGGAAUCUCGACAUGACAGUAAUAAUAUGUUUCUAUACCAACAUGUAGUUAAACAGUUACUACGAUGCUACAAUUUUUGCACAAAAAUUCAACAUAUUUAUUUUUUCAUUACAUUACAAAAGCUUAUAUAUGACAAAUGUGUGCCAUAAAUUUCUUUACACAUUUCUUUGUAUCAUUAAACCAUAGAUUUAUU